AAGAAUGAACAACUUCAUCUUUUUUCCAGUUUAAUACUUUUGUAUAUUUAUUUUUUAGCUGGUAAGAUUUAAUAAAUAUUUAAUCUUUCAUUUCUGGUUAUUUUGAGUUCUGGGUUCUUGUUGUUUUUUUUUGCUGUUUUCACCUUAGAAAAAUGAUGAUUUUUUUUUUGAGUAAAAGUUGAUUUUUUUUUUAAUUUGUUAGAUUUUCUUGGUGAUUUUUUUUUUUUUGCAAAAAAUAAAUAUGAGUAUGAGUGGAGUAACAGUGGUGGGAUCAGAUGCACCAUCAGAUUACCAUGUGGCACCUAGGACCACUGAAAAUCCCAGUCAAGUUUCUGGAUCAGCACCUCAAAUUACGAAUAUUACACCAACUCCGGUCACCGGUGCCGGCGCCGGCGUCGGUGCGGUUGCCGGAGCACUGGCGUUAGUGAAGAAGAAGAGAGGUAGACCAAGAAAAUAUGGACCAGAUGGAGUUGCAGUGCCGUCCGCGGCGGCGCUUUCGCCGAAGCCGAUUUCGUCGGCAGCUCCUGUGUCGUCGCCGGUGAUUGAUUUCUCAUCGGAGAAACGGGGGAAAAUCCGGCCGGUCGGAUUAUUUAGUAAGCCACAUAUGCCUAAGUUGGAGGUUGAAAAUUCAGGUGAAUGGGUCUCAUGCUCCGUUGGUGCUAAUUUUACGCCCCAUAUUAUCACCGUUAAUACUGGAGAGGAUGUCACCAUGAAGAUUAUAUCAUUCUCUCAACAAGGGCCUCGAGCAAUAUGCAUUCUUUCAGCAAACGGUGUAAUUUCAAGUGUUACGCUGCGUCAACCAGACUCUUCUGGUGGCACAUUGACGUAUGAGGGCCGGUUUGAGAUACUGUCAUUGACUGGAUCAUUUAUGCCAUCCGAGACGGGAGGAAUGAGAAACAGGUCAGGAGGAAUGAGUGUUUCUCUAGCAAGCCCUGAUGGACGUGUUGUUGGAGGUGGAGUUGCCGGUCUACUAGUUGCUGCUGGUCCGGUCCAGAUUGUUGUUGGGAGCUUCCUUGCUGGAAAUCAACAUGAACAAAAGACCAAGAAAAACAAAUUGGAGCCUAUUACAGCUGCUGUUGUUCCUAUUACUAGUCCAAAUAUUGAAGAACCAUGUAAUCACUCUUCAGCAAAACCUACUAUGCCCGCUUCCUCGAUUAACUGGUCAUCAUCGUUGGCAACUGAGUCGAGAAGUAAGACAGCUGACAUCAACGUAACGUUGCCUGCAUAGGAGGGUAAAAUCUUUCCGUUCUUAUUUGAUCCUUGAUCCUCACAUCCAUUUGUUGUUAUAACUUCUUUGUCAACCUCGUGUCCUCGAGCAUGUCAUUUUCCAGUUGAGGUAUGCUGUAUGCCUAGUAAUCCGAACUAGUUUUCGUUGUAGUUUUUUUCUUUCUCCUCUGUCGUUCGCUCGUUGUAGGAUUUUUAGUUGUAUAAUUGGUGUCAGAAAUGAACUUAUCUUAAGUUAAAGGCUUUAUGUUUAGUUUUAGCCAAGGUAAAUUGUUCA